AUGGCAGACUACAAGACAUUUCUGGCUACAAGCAUCUUGACCGAGGAUAAAGUGGUCACCUACCGGCUCCUUAGUCGCUCCCUCAAAAUCCACGUCAAUGACGCAAAGGAAAUGCUCUAUGAAUUCCAUCGGCAGCAGAAUGCAAAAAAACCGGACACUCUCCACGCGACCUAUCUCAUCAGCGGCACAAAACGAAAGGAGACCAUUGCAACGAACGGCGCAGCAAAGAAAGAUGGCGAAGAUGAUUACAUGCAGAGCAGUCCAUUUAUGGCCAGUUCAAUGCCUGCAGCAGAGAAUACCGGCGAGAGUGGCGUGUUGAGCCUGACUCUGGCCAAGGAAGAGAACUUGGACGAAGUACGGUCUCAAUACGAAUAUAUAUCUUCGAUACAUAUCUAUAGCGUUGGGCCCCAUCCGUUGAAGGACCUACAAGUACUUUCAGAUAUCACACGCGAAAUACAGGUGCUUUGCGCCUCCGAAGAUGCAGUUGAGCAGGCCCCCAAAUACGGCACUAUCACGAACAAGAACGUCAAGAGAAGACCAGCUCGUCGGCCGCUCCACGUCGCAACAACACCUGCUCCAGCUCCAGCUACAGCCGCGGUGAAUGUUAGACCAGCCGAUGUCAAAGAUAGCAAGCCUGCCGUAAAGCAAGAAAGCAAACCCUCGCAACCAUCGACCGCCAAUGAUUUCUUCGGAAAAGGCAAAACCAAACCCAAAGCAGCCAGAUCGAGCAAUAACUCGAGCAAGGAAUCUACACCGAACCCACCAACACUCAAGCGGGAUAGUUCGAGCAUAUUCAAGUCCUUCGCGAAAGCUAAACCGAAACUCAAGCGCGAGGGUACAGAUAGUUCAGCUAUAGAAUCACCAGCACUGAGCGCAGCAGAAGAUUCUCCUAUGAAAGAUGUUGUGUCAGAUGAUGAUGAGGAGGAGGAAGACACAUUUGUCGCGCCUCCCCCAAGCAAAGAAAUAGUGGAUAGUGAUCGUAGGUCGCGGAAAGAGAGGGAGGCGGCAUUGAAGAAGAUGAUGGAUGAUGAUGACGAGGAUGAGGCUGUGAACCCGCAGCCUAAGCGGAAGGAAAGAGAGGAUGUGGAAGUUGAAGAUGAGGAGGAAGAGGAGAGAGCGAAGAGCGUCGAGAAGGGAGAGGUGCCAAUCGUGGUUAGUGGUGGUCGUAGAAGAGGACGAAGGAGAGUCAUGAAGAAGAAGACGGUUAAGGAUGACGAGGGGUAUCUGGUCACAAAAGAAGAACCAGUGUGGGAAUCGUUUUCGGAAGACGAGCCAGUCGAGAAGGCAAAGCCAAAGGCACACGCCUCAAACACAUCAACAAAGGCCAAGAAACCGGCUGCAAAGGCUGGGCAAGGUAACAUUAUGUCUUUCUUCGGGAAGAAGUGA